UUUUUUAUGCAUAUAACCGGCUGACUAAUCCAGUGCGAGGCAGAGAUUCAAGCAGCCAUUUGCCGCUGACGGUGCAGCACAAAUAGGAUACGGAUAUAUCGCCUAAAACCCGCGCGCGUGUUUGUGUGUGUGUGCGGUGAGUGUGUGCAGUUGCAGUGCGUUGUAUACCGUUGCAGCGAGGAAGGCGCCCGCAGGCUGAGGAAAACUCCCUCGUCGUGUGAACCCGAGGAUCAUCGAUUCUCGUGAGCGAGAGAGAGAGAGAGGCGCUCGAAAGUAGCAGCCAAAAGAAAGCGAAGAAGCCGCACCGAGCAGGAAAACCGAGGUGUGUGCGCGGUGGUACAGUGUGUUGUCUACUUAGUUGGCUAGUGUGCGCGAUAGCGAGUGCCAGUGCCAGUGUUCGACGACGAGUGUACGGUGUAGUGUGCCAUAUACCGACGAGUAUCGAAGUGAAUUAAACGAAACCCUUCCGUCUGCGCGAAGAUGAUGGAGAACGGCGGAUACGUCGGCCAGUACGGUGGCGAGGAGAGUUACAUGGAGCAGGAGGAGGAAUGGGAGCGGGAGGGACUGCUCGAUCCGGCCUGGGAGAAGCAGCAGAAAAAGACCUUCACCGCCUGGUGUAACAGCCAUCUGCGUAAAGCCGGCACCUCGAUCGAGAACAUCGAGGAUGAUUUUCGCAACGGACUCAAACUCAUGCUCCUGCUGGAGGUCAUCUCUGGCGAAACCCUGCCAAAGCCCGACCGUGGCAAGAUGCGUUUCCACAAGAUUGCCAACGUAAACAAGGCGCUGGACUUUAUCGCUUCGAAGGGCGUGAAGCUGGUGUCGAUCGGUGCGGAGGAAAUCGUGGACGGCAAUCUGAAGAUGACCCUCGGUAUGAUCUGGACCAUCAUCCUGCGAUUCGCCAUCCAGGACAUCUCGGUCGAGGAAAUGACUGCCAAAGAAGGUCUGCUGCUGUGGUGCCAGCGCAAGACUGCACCGUACAAGAACGUCAACGUGCAGAACUUCCAUCUCAGCUUCAAGGAUGGUCUGGCCUUCUGUGCCCUUAUCCAUCGCCAUAGACCCGAUCUGAUCGAUUACUCCAAGCUGUCGAAGGACAAUCCGCUGGAGAACCUCAACACGGCGUUCGAUGUCGCUGAGAAGUAUCUCGACAUUCCAAGAAUGCUUGAUCCUGACGAUCUGAUCAACACACCGAAACCGGAUGAGCGUGCCAUCAUGACGUACGUGUCGUGCUACUACCAUGCCUUCCAGGGAGCCCAGCAGGCUGAGACCGCUGCCAACCGUAUCUGUAAGGUACUGAAGGUCAACCAGGAAAAUGAGCGUCUCAUGGAGGAGUACGAGCGAUUGGCCAGCGAUCUGCUGGAAUGGAUCCGACGCACGAUGCCAUGGCUGAACUCGAGACAAUCGGACAGCACGCUGGCUGGUGUGCAGAAGAAGCUGGAAGAGUACAGAACGUACCGCCGCAAGCACAAGCCACCACGCGUCGAGCAGAAGGCCAAGUUGGAGACGAACUUCAACACGCUCCAGACCAAGCUGCGUCUGUCGAACCGUCCGGCGUACAUGCCGACCGAGGGUAAGAUGGUGUCGGACAUCACCAACUCCUGGAAGGGUCUGGAGCACGCCGAGAAGGCGUUCGAGGAGUGGCUGCUGGCCGAAACGAUGCGCUUGGAGCGUCUGGAGCAUCUGGCCCAGAAGUUCAAGCACAAGGCCGACACGCACGAGGACUGGACGAAGGGCAAGGAGGAGAUGCUGCAGUCGCAGGACUAUCGCAACUGCAAGCUGAACGAGCUGAAGGCGCUGAAGAAGAAGCACGAAGCGUUCGAAUCCGACCUGGCCGCCCAUCAGGAUCGUGUCGAGCAGAUUGCUGCCAUCGCUCAGGAGUUGAACACCCUGGAGUACCACGAUUGCGCUUCGGUGAAUGCCCGCUGCCAGCGUAUCUGCGACCAGUGGGAUCGUCUCGGUGCGCUGACCCAGCGUCGUCGCCAGGGCUUGGACGAAGCGGAACGCAUCCUGGAGAAGAUCGAUCUGCUCCACCUGGAGUUCGCCAAGCGUGCUGCGCCGUUCAACAACUGGCUCGACGGUGCGCGUGAAGAUCUCGUGGACAUGUUCAUCGUGCACACGAUGGAGGAGAUCCAGGGCUUGAUCCAGGCGCACGACCAGUUCAAGGCAACGCUCGGCGAAGCGGACAAGGAGUUCAACGUCAUCAUUGGGCUGGUGCGCGAUGCCGAAGCGAUCGUGAAGCAGGAACAGGUACCUGGAGGUCUGGUGAACCCCUACACCACGCUGUCGGCCGAUCUGAUCAGCCGGAAGUGGUCGGAGGUGCGCGCCCUUGUGCCGCAGCGUGACCAGACGCUGGCCAACGAGCUGCGCAAGCAGCAGAACAACGAGAUGCUGCGCCGCCAGUUCGCCGAGAAGGCAAACGCCGUCGGACCGUGGAUCGAGCGACAGAUGGACGCGGUCACGGCGAUCGGUAUGGGUAUCUCGGGCUCGCUCGAGGAGCAGCUGCACCGUCUGAAGGAGUACGAGCAGGCGGUGUACGCGUACAAGCCGAGCAUCGAGGAGCUGGAGAAGAUCCACCAGGCGGUGCAGGAGUCGAUGAUCUUCGAGAACCGGUACACGCACUACACGAUGGAGACGCUGCGCGUCGGCUGGGAGCAGCUGCUGACGUCGAUCAACAGAAACAUCAACGAGGUGGAGAACCAGAUCCUUACUCGCGACUCGAAGGGCAUCACACAGGAACAGCUGACCGAGUUCCGCUCGAGCUUCAACCACUUCGACAAGAACCGAACCGGCCGACUGGCACCGGAAGAGUUCAAGUCUUGCCUCGUGUCGCUCGGCUACUCGAUCGGCAAGGACAAGCAGGGCGACAUGGACUUCCAGCGCAUCCUGGCCGUGGUCGACCCGAACGCAUCGGGCUACGUGCAGUUCGACGCCUUCCUCGACUUCAUGACGCGAGAAAGCACCGACACCGACACGGCGGAACAGGUUAUCGAUUCGUUCAGAAUUUUGGCAUCCGACAGGCCUUACAUUCUUCCCGAUGAGCUGCGCCGUGAGUUGCCACCGGAUCAGGCCGAAUACUGUAUCCAAAGAAUGCCACCGUACAAGGGCCCGAACGCCAUCCCCGGAGCGCUGGAUUACAUGUCCUUCAGUACGGCGCUGUACGGCGAGAGUGAUCUUUAAGCGGCGCUCGCCACGGCCGAAACCACCGCUGAUCGUUGAUCAUCGAGCUGGCGACAAGUACACCAACACACCACCACACACACGUACACACAAUCACGCAACAAAUGCCAACAAUGUGUAUGCGGUGGAAGCGAACCGCCGCGCCAUCAACCGUUGUUAUUUCAACUUUUGUCUCUACUGCUGGUUUUUAUUAUUAUUAUUAUUAUUUCCGUCGCCCAGCAGCAGGAGUGGGGCGAGUGUAAAGUGCUGCAAUUGGAAAAUGGUAGCGUCCAACGUCUUCGUACACAGUCACGGGACAGCAGACAGAGAGCAAACCGUACAUCAUGUAUGUUUUGUUUCGAUUCACUUGGUGUAGUGCAGGACAAAUCGUGACUACUACUACUACCACUACCACUACCACCACUACUACUAUCGAGGGCAGUUAGGAGGAAGCACGUGACGAUGGGAAAAUGUGUGCCAGCCAUCAGUAAAACACACAAGCACACAUACCACCCACACUCGUUAUAGGAAGGCGUGAAGGAGAAUUGUAGUAAUCGGGGUUUGCGAGAAUAGACCGUGAACGUGUCGGUGUGCGUCAACACCAAUACGAGCGAGCAAAAGCGGAUAAUGUUGAGAAACCAUUUUAUUUUAUUGCAUAUUUAUUAUGAUUACGAUUACGAUUAUUACGCUAUGGUUAUGAUUAUGAUUUUCUCCUUUCUUUCUCGCAAGAUGAUGAUAAUGAUGAUGAUGAUGAUGAUAGUGAUCGUCGAUACACACACAAACCAACAAACAAACAAACAACAAAAACACACACACACACACACAGAGACAAACGCAAACAGAAUCAAUCAUGAAGGAGCGAUCGAUCGAAGUCUUUGGAAAUCUUAUUUAUAUAAUAAAAAGAAACACACAAAAAAAACAACAACAAAGAGCGACACAAAAAUGUAAGAAAAAAAUGCUACAAAAAAUGCUAACAAACACAACUCUAACAAAACCAAAA